AUGAUAUCGCACAUAGCUACUUUGAUCCUGACUAUCGCAUAUCUCACGUUUGUCCUCGCUGAAGUCGCACCAGAAAUCACAAUCGUCGCUGAAGGCUACAACGUGAUCGCCAAGCUGCCUUGUGCUGGAUGUCCGUACCUCUACCAAGAUACCUCGAAAGGCAGCGAUGAGCCCUGGACACAAAGAAAAGACCAGAGUGCUUUGCUCUUGAACAUCUCUCUACCGUACGACUCGGCGCACCUGAGCAUCAACAAUGCAGCACUAUUAGCAAACAACAAGAUACUACCUCGGAUCUACGUCAAUCAGGUUCUGGAAGAUAUUUCGAAAAACGACCUCUCGAAGCUUAUUGAUUCGAACCAGCUCGACAGCCUCGGUAGCAGCUAUUUCGGCGCAUCCUACUCGUACACGCUGCGCCGCAUCAAAGACAAGCCGCAAGCGCUCUUGUUCCACUUCGACAUUAUGGAGCUAUGGAUCGAUCUUACGUCUCCGCCUCUAACCAUUGUGCUGGACGACGCAGAGCAGAAGAUUCUUGAAUUGGUCUUGUUGCAGCGUCCCCUGCUCUCCCCAGGCGAUCUAACAGGCGCCUAUGAAAUCAUCCGCGCCAACUUAAUUACGCGCCCGCCCGCGCCCGCCAAAGGCACCAAGCGCCGUGCCAAAGUCACCUCAAUGUGGUUCCUUGACUGGGAUGACCACGGCAAGAAGGGCACGGCGACGCAUAUCGUCAAUUCAGCUUCUUCCUCUCUCAUCGCAUACAUCAGCUCAGGUGUCUGGGCCCUGUUCGUCUUCAUAUUCGCCAUCAUCGGCUUAUUCGUUGUCGUAUGUCUGUUCGUCAUAUUUGGAUGUGGGUGGUGCAGCGAUAACGACUAUGAGAUUGCGCAGCAUGGGAAGAGGAAGAGCAGUUCCAGUGCAAAGGGGGUAUGGGGCGGCAAGGACGUUGAAGCCGCGAGGAGAUUCAUGAGUCCUGAGGAGUUGGGACUUAGGGGGAGUGGAAAGGUUGUUGGGGUGGGCAAGAGUGAUUGA